AUAUAUGAAAUCUCUUGCAUAUCUGCAUACUUCAUCAGUCACCCAAAUUGCCUGAGUUCCUCCGGUAAUAAAGAUUGUUUCAUAUUUGCAGAUGACUUUGGUAUGUUUUACUAGCUGAAUAUACUGCCUAUCCCUCAGUUCUUUAUAAAGAAAUCAAAGGAAUAAAUUAAUUGAGGGGGAAAAGGAGGCAGAAGAAAACUGCCAACUCUUCUGGAUCUUUUUCCUCCCCUCCUCUUUCCAAAGCUAAAUAAGGAACUAAAAUCUAAUCCCAAACUGUAAAUCAUGCCUUUUCCCCUUUCUAUCAUUUUCUUUAUGGGAGCAUAUUUCUGUUUGUGGCUGAAGUAUCUACCUAAGACAGUUCCCUUCUGUUGGGGMCUGCCUUUUUACUGCUACUACUCUGUUCUUGAUGAAUCCACUAUAUGGAAGUUAAUUGAUUUGGCUUGAUGGAUUUUCGAGUGUAUGAUUUUUGUUUAAAAUCCAAAUCUGAAGAAUAAGCUGCAUAAAAUGACUUAAAUUUUUAUAUACKACUGUAGUCAUGAAAAUAACACUUCUAGGACUUUGUUUACUGUGUUGCUAAUGAUGUUUGGAUGUCCAAAUCAUCACCUUCCUGGAAGGGUGGGGGUAGCUUUUCAAUUUGCUUUCAAAAUUUAAACUAAAGAAAAAUGUAAAGCUUCUGUCGGAAAUAAACAUCUGUACUCUGGAGUAAGGUGAUGGCCAAAUAUUUUUAAUUUUAGCAUCUCUAUUUAGUGAUAUAUUUUAUGUGAUACUGAAUCAUAUAUCAUCUGUAUAGUGGAGAGAAAAAUAUAGUGAAAUUAUAAACAAAAAGUAUUAUCAAAGCAGCUUUGAUAUGAAGAAUGUUUUGCACUAAGGCCAAGGUAAAUUAACCUUUGUCUUAGUUUCUAGUGUGAUGGGAGGAUAUUAACUGCUGAUAAAAUCAGGGUAGGAAAGCAAUACUUCCAUUAAAAUGUGAUUUUGGAUAUUGAAACAGACCUUACUUUUCUCUCUUUGUCCAGCAUCCGUAUCUCAUUUGCUUGAAAGUGAUCCGUAUCUCAUUUGCUUGAAAACCAUUAGUCACCACUCUAGAGAUAUGGCUAAUUCCUUUUAAUGAAAAAUAAUGUUUUGAUACAGCUGUGUUAUUUCUAUGGGGAAUUGUUUUAAACUUACAUGCCUACCACCAAUUUUCUGCAGUCCAGCUUAGGAGGAAUUUAUACUGCACUGUUCGAUAGCAACAGGUCUUAAGAGUAUCAAGGAUGAAAUUCUCAAGGGUCUUUAUGUCACGGAUGGAAAUGGAAUCAUUACUGUAUUUUUGAAUUCCUGCUAACGUCAUUGACACCCACCUACAGUCUACUAGAAAUAUAAGUGCAGGGAUCAGGCUGUUCACAGAUUACAAGGAGACCAACCAAGAAGGGGCAAGCCAAAACCAAAUUCACUGGUAAGCUCUAUUUUAAAUAAUAUGUAAGAGAGAAUUUCUUUUCUCCCUUUGAGUAAAGGUGUGAAAUGGGUCUCUAGUUUAUAGUAAUAGGCUGUAUUAAAUAAUACUGCACUUAUUAUUAUGUUGUAAAAUUUAAUUUAKGCAAUUUUAAAAAUGGAGUUGUCUGGAUCUUGAGCCAUAUUUUUGCAUUCUCCUUGGAGCACACAGAGUUCUGAUGCUGUUAUUAGCCAUUGCAGGUGGCUAUAUGUAAUACAUGUAAACUUACAAAUGUAUAUUUUGUGUUGUUUUCUACUAGUCCCUCAGAAGAGAGUCCAGUCUAGGAACAGCUUUGGAAUGGGGAACACUUGUUUCGAAUAAUUUGUUCUUCAAGUACCUUAGUACUAUGAAAACAAAAAGUUGAUAGCACGUGGAUGUAAUCUGCAGUAGGCAGAUUUCCCUUGGGAUCACAUAAUUUAUAUGUUCCCAGUGACAGCUCUGUAGGACUUUAAAAAUAUGUCUGUUUGUCCUUCUUACAGUCUGUUCAUCUCCAGCAUGUGGAAAGUGCUGCUCCUGGGUCUAUAUAUAGUACUGGCUGUGAGAGGAUUGGCMAAGGGUGCUCCUUUCCAACCAGAAGAAAAAUGGAAACCUCUYGAUAACCCCAGGAACAGAGACCUGUUUUUCAGAAUGCUCCAGGCUUACUUUUCGGGCMGGGGCCUUGAUCUCAGAAAGUUCCCAGCUACUUUCACUAUGAACAAUGAAGGACCAAGGCCUGUCAUGUUCUACUCAGAUCCUAUUGCUUCUGCAUUUGCAGAUUAUGAAGAAAGGAAAAAAUCUUUUCAGAAUUAUUUCCAAAGCUGAAAGAUUCUGCUCACAAAGGCAUUAACUUCAGAACUCCAUGACAAGUGGAAACAGUCACAGCGAAGUUUUUACUGCUUUGACUUUUUAACUGUUUCCUGGCAAUUGAAAAUUUUCUUCCCUGACACCAUUUCUACCAACGGAAUCUGUUGUUCUGCUGUAAUGAGCCCAUUCUGUCUAUUGACAAAUGCGU